GUUCUGGCCGGCUGUCAUGGCGGCGCCCAUUCCUGUUUGACAGCGCUGUGUGUGAGGUGACCCCGGGAUCGGAGCGGCCAGUCUCCCCGGACACAGAGCGACAUGGGAACCGUGCAGGCCCGGAGUUUGGAUCCGCUGCCUAUGAGUGGUCCUGAUUUUGGAUCCUCUGGAGAUGAUGCUGAUCUCGUGGAAGUGGAACCACAGAAAAGGCAAGAAAUUCUAGAAAACAAAAAUAUUGUGGUACAGCAUGUCAACUUUGAAGGGCUUGGAAGGACGAAAGAUGACCUUGUUAUGUAUGAAAUUGCUGAUGUCUUUAAGGCGAAAAAUCUUAUUGAUGUUAUGAGAAAAUCCCAUGAAGCCAGAGAGAAGUUGCUCCGCAUGGGGGUGUUUCGGCAGGUGGAAGUCCUGAUUGACACCACUGAAGGUGAGGAUGCUCUUCCCAAUGGCUUGGACGUCACAUUUGAGGUUAAAGAACUGAGAAGGUUAACUGGGAGCUACAAUACCAUGGUUGGCAAUAAUGAGGGCAGCAUGGUUCUUGGGCUCAAACUUCCCAAUCUCUUUGGUCGUGCUGAGAAGAUGACCUUCCAGUUCUCUUACGGAACAAAGGAAACCUCUUAUGGUCUGUCCUUCUUCAAACCCCAAGUUGGCAAUUUUGAAAGAAAUUUUUCUGUCAACUUGUACAAAGUUACUGGUCAGUUCCCGUGGAGCUCAUUGCGAGAGACUGAUCGUGGAAUCUCUACUGAAAUCAGUUUCCCUAUAUGGAAAACCAGCCAUACAUUGAAAUGGGAGGGGGUUUGGCGUGAACUCGGCUGUUUGGCGAGAACGGCAUCUUUCGCCAUCCGAGAAGAAAGCGGACACACUCUCAAAUCGUCUCUAUCUCACUCAAUGGUGAUAGAUUCUCGUAAUUCUUCAAUUCUACCAAAGAGAGGUGCCUUGCUGAAAAUCAACCAGGAAUUGGCUGGAUACACAGGGGGAGAUGUCAGCUUUUUAAAAGAGGACUUUGAACUGCAACUGAAUAAACAGCUUUCAUGGGAUUCUGUACUGUCCACAUCCCUAUGGGGUGGCAUGCUGGUCCCUAUUGGAGACAGACCCUCCAGUAUCGCUGAUCGGUUUUACCUCGGAGGACCAACAAGCGUACGAGGCUUUAGUAUGUACAGCAUUGGGCCGCAAAGUGAAGGUGACUACCUGGGAGGAGAAGCCUAUUGGGCGGGAGGUGUUCACCUGUACACCCCUUUACCUUUCCGUCCUGGUCGUGGAGGAUUUGGCGACCUUUUCAGAACCCAUUUCUUCCUUAAUGCCGGCAACCUCUGCAAUCUAAAUUAUGGAGAGGGACCGAAAGCUCAUCUCCGCAGGUUGGCUGAAUGCAUCCGCUGGUCAUACGGAGCUGGGAUAGUUCUUCGCUUGGGAAACAUUGCCAGACUUGAGCUGAAUUACUGCAUCCCAAUGGGCGUUCAGAGUGGAGACAGAAUAUGCGAUGGAGUACAGUUUGGAGCUGGCAUAAGAUUCCUCUGAAUUCUGGAUGAACAAAUCUCAUCUGAAUGAAAUCACAGCACUAUAUGGAUAUUGCAAUUAUUAUUUUUUUCUUAACAUUUUAAGAUAUUCUUUGUCUACUAUAUUUUCUGCGUCUGUUUGUACCAACUGCUGCAUUAUAAAAAGAAACCGCAGGAUUA